UGGCCCCAUCGGUCCGUGUGGUCUAGCUGCGAGUACGAAACUGCAGAGUUGAUUGCGACAAGAGCGGAAAGCCAGAAAGGAAGAAAGCAAACUGAAGAGAUGAAGAGUGCUGUACUACUGUGCUACGCUCUGUGCUCGCUGCUGAUCGGCGUCCGGGCCAUCGGCAGAUACAGGGGCCUGGAGUUUUUGGAACCGUGUUCUAGGAGUGAUCCGAAGCUGGAGGCCUGCCUCGCCAGAACAGCCAACGUACUCGUCGAGCACUUCCGCCAAGGUCUACCGCAACUGGGUUACUCAGAAGUGGAGCCGAUUAUUCUUGACGAGUUGCACAUCGCUCUUGGCGGCGGUCCGGACGGCUACCGGGCGCAAUUCAAGAACAUCUCCGCGAGGGGAGUCUCCGCCCUGCGCAUAACCGGCCUCCGAACGAGACUGAGCGACAAUGAGGUGCAGCUGCAGCUGGCCCUCAGCAUUCCCAAAAUUCGAGCGGCCGCCACGUACCGAUCCAGCGGGACCUUGAUCUUGGUGAAGGCCAGCGGUGCUGGCGACUAUUGGGGCGAGUAUGAUGGUGUCAAGGCCAAGGUUUUCAUCAGGGCAGUGCCGUUUUCGCUCGAGGGCCGUCGUUAUCUUAGAUUGCAGCAAUUGAAAAUGGACUUUAGUGUGCAGAAUAUUAAAAUGGGAGUGGAAAAUGUGCACAACAUCAACAGUAUACUACUGACGGCGCUGAAUCUCUUCAUCAACACAAAUUCCCAGGAGUUGCUGAAGGAGAUGAAACCAGAUCUGCGGAGGAAGCUGGUGCAGGUGAUGUCGAGUUUCGUGGAGAAACUAUUCGUUCAGGUGCCGUACGACGCCUGGAUCACGGACUAAGAUGAUCGGCCGACCAACUACGACGACCGUUGAAGAACAAGAACUUCACUUUUCAUCGCGAAGUGAGGUUUUGAACUCACACGAAAAAAAAAGAAGAGACGCUCUCGUGACACGCAAUGGUGAUCAUGUAUGAUUCCGUUGCGACAAAUUAUAGUGGAAAUACCAGACGAUGUGCAUGACCCACACAAUUAGCUUCGGCUGGUAUUUCCAGGCGUCGAAAAAAGAUGCGAUGUGUGACGAUCGGUGGCCUCUCUGAUUUCGCGCACCGACCAUUGUCUCAAGAACAUCCGCUUCUUUGCAAAAGCCGGAUGUCUGGGUAUAAAAUCGCAUACAUGAUACAGGGUAUUCCAUAAGAUUUUGCGUCGAGAAGCGAGUGCUCCUCGAAAAUAUUAAAUUCAUUCUUGCUUUCUUUAUAAACAUUUUCUUUGGAAAUGCAAUCGUGCGAAUAUUCGCCCAUAGGAUCUCAUGCGAAUCGGUGAAAAAUACAUACAGAAAAAUAAGUCAUACAUAAUUUAGGGAGGACAUCGACCGUGAAUAAUUUAUAAUAGAUUUCUUGUUUUUGUCGAUAUUUUUGAGGAUUUAUUGUUUACUUCAUUUCAUUUUCGUUUUAUCAGUAUGUUGAAGGAGAUAAAUUAAUCACUUGAAGUGUUUUGUGAAAUAAUGCAAGUAACGCUAUGAUUAAGUUAUCCGUACGUUAUUAUAAUUAAACUACUUCCAUAAUUUGUUAAAAACUAGAUCAUAGAUUAAAUGACGAGCCUGAAAGAUCUAUAAUUGUAAGUUUACGUAAGGUUUAUGUACAAUUAUAUGUAAAUUCGCAUCCUCUUUUUCUAGCGUAACAAUUAGUAUAACAAAUGAGAACAUAAGUGUUGUCUAUUUAAGCAAUUACCUAUUUAACUCCAUUAUCAUUCUUAAAUAUACUGCAAUGUUUAUAAUUUGCU